AUGAGCCGCUCGUCCAGCCAGAAGCAGCGACAGAUCCUGUUUCUGCUGCUGUCGGACCAAGAUUUCCAGCCCAGCGUUAACGCCAAGGCAUUCAUCCAGCUCUUCAACAUUGUGGUGUCAUCGCAGUCUCGGGUCGUGGUUGCCACCUGGGGCGGUCUGCCGCCCCACUGGUCCGAAAACGACUCUGUCGCAGCCCGCUGGUUUGAACAGCAGCAGGAACCCACGCUGCUGAAGCCGCUGAAUCUCAAGACCAUCAAUCUCGAGUAUUUCGACUAUUCGGGGCUGGUCGUGCCUCCUGUCGACGGGCUGGUGGGCAGCUUUGUCAACGACAAGAUCGGAGGUGUCAUUCAACACUUUGCUGCCAAGAAACGACCCAUCUGCUUCAUCGCCGAGGGCUCGUUGGCGCUGUUCUCAACCAAGCCGCUGAGCUCGUCUCGCUGGAUAUUUGAGGGCGUCUCGAUGACUGCCCCUUCCAAUUUGGAGCUGAUCCGGCAGAACCUGUUUGCAAAACAUGCCUCGACCGAGGACCUCAUCCGUCUCUGGGGCGGCAACUAUUCCGCCGCUCAGCCAGACAAUCUGCAUGUAGUCAUUGACAGCAACGUCGUUUCGGCUCAGAACCGGACUAGCCUGCUGCUUGCCAUCCAGACGUUCGUGCUGCUGCUCACUUCCCAGAAAUAGGCCC